AUGGUAAGUGUUGAGUUGUGGGUCUACAACAUAGGGAGCGACGCCGUGGUAAACAUUAUCAACCAAUUUCUCCAGACCAACAUACAGGGCAUCUGGCACACCUCUCUGGUGGUCUUCGACAAAGAGUACUACUUUAUGUCAGGAGUCCAGCAGGGACCACCUGGAACCAGCCCAUUUGGGACGCCUGUCCAAAAAAUCGAGUUUGGAAGCACGGAAAUGACUGAAGAGUGCUUUGCAGCCUUCCUGCAGGAGAUAAAUAGCCUGUACACAGAGAAAACAUACCACAUCAUAAGAAACAACUGCAACCAUUUUUCCAAUGCGCUUUUAAAGCGCCUGGUAGACAGGGAAAUACCGCAGUACAUAAUGGAGGCCUCAAAGCUGUUUGAAAACACGCCCUUUGAGCAGAUGCUGUCAGGCAUGUCGCCAGGCGCCAAAUAA